UUUGGUAGAAAUUUGGGCCCCACUUAAGAUUGCCACUUGGCAGACAAAAGAGACAAGAUGACAUUCCUACAUGGCCGUGGAUGAGACCUCCAUGUGUGUUGCUCUCUCUAGAAUCUCCUCUCAUGUUUCUCCCUUCUCUCUCCUCUCGAACCUUCGAGGUUUUCUAGAUUUCUCUUCUCUCCCUGCCUUAUCUAUAUAAUUUUCCUUCAAACCCUCAAUAGAGGUUGAACAGAUUAACUGUCAAUUGACAUUCUCUGUAGAUCACAACAGUUGCUAACUGCUUCGAUUUUCUAGCUUUCGAAUUCGAAUCGCGUCUGCAUCUCUAAUGGCUUCUUCAAUCGUUUUAAAGAGAGCGUGUACUUCGGGGCUCUUCAACAAGCUCGUCAAUCCUAUGCGUUCUGUCGCAGUAGCACCACGUACUUUCAACACAGACUCACAGAUGGAGCAAAGCAUCGAUGUGGAUCGCCGCUCCGAUCGUUCACUAUCUCCACGCCGUGACACCUCUCCCAGUCUCUUCACAGAUGUGCUUGAUCCUUUUUUUUCACCGACAAGGAGCUUGAGCCAGAUCCUGAAUCUGAUGGACCAGAUGAUGGAGAAUCCUUUCGUUGCUCCUUCUAGAGGGGUUGGAGGUGGAACGAGGAGAGGAUGGGAUGCCAAAGAGGACGAAAAUGCUCUGUACGUGAGGGUCGACAUGCCUGGUCUAGGGAAGGAUGACUUGAAGGUGUUGUUGGAACAGAACACUCUGGUCAUCAAAGGAGAAGGGGGUAAGGAAGGUGACGAUGAGGAGAGUGUAAGGAGGUACAGUAGCAGGAUCGAUCUACCUGAGAAGCUAUACAAGCUUGAUGAGAUUAAGGCGGAGAUGAAAAAUGGAAUAUUAAAGGUGAUUAUUCCCAAGGUAAAGGAGGAGGAGAGGAAGGACGACGUUCACGAGGUUCCAAUUGAGUAAUCUGGUACCUGUGAGAAGAAUCUCUGCUGCUGCUGGUGAUGGCACAGCUUAAUGCCUUGAUCCUUCUUUGUAGAUUUCAUUUUGUUGAGGCUGCCUGUUUCAACUUUUUCACGCAUUCGAAACACCAUGGGUGAAUGGUGAUGAUGUAAAGAGGUUUCAACCUGAGGGUUUUUACUUAUAGAAAUCAAUAAAAAAUGUUUUUAUCUUUCACUAUCAA